AUGACCAAAGAAGAAAAUAUUGAGAGAAACCUCAAGAAACUUGCAGCGGAGCAGAGAAGGGACAAGGGCGAAGCAGCCAGCAUCGCCCCAGCCCUCCCGUCUCCUCUGCUCCCCGCGCAGCUCCUGGGCAAGUGGAUCUACCUCCUGGGCUCCUCCAAGUACCCGCCGCACCUGGAGGAGCUGCGGUCGGUGAAGUACGCCACCUUCUUCUUCCACCCUGGCAGCCACCCGGAUGAGCUCAAUGUCACGGAGAUCAUGCGAGUGAACGAGACGUGCGUCACGAGGAACACCAGCACCAUCCAGGUCUUCCGGCACAACAACACGCUGAUGCACGUCGAUGGCCAGGUGACCUCCAUGGCCCACCUCAUCAGGAGCAGCAAGGACCUGCUCAUCCUGCAGCACAUCAACAACGGCUUCCCCGGUCUCAGCCUCUCGGCGCGCUCGCUCCACGUGAGCAAGGAGCGGCUGGAUGAGUUCAGGGCGCAGCUGGCGUGCCACGGGUUCGCCGACGACGAAAUCUUCCUCGUUUCCGAAAAGGACGCGUGUCCUGUGCCCGGGGAGCAGCCAGACGAAGACGAGGCAACGCAGGCGCCGCAGACAGCCUAG